AUGAAUCUACUUCCUCUCACGAUUCACGAAGUCACCCGCGUGCUAACGAAAUACCCUGAAGACGAGGAGAAAAAGAGAUUCCCCCGAGUUACAGCCUGCAAUGACGGCUCAUUUUGUUGCGAGAAGGACGGAACUGGGUGUUGUACCGCCAAAAAGGGCACAUUUCUCGAUAAGAACGGCAACAUCGCCAAAGGUCCUGCAACAACGACAUUAUCAUGGGGCCCGGAACGCACAUCAGCAGGAUACCAGACGGUAACCUCGGCGCAAACCACCAUAUCGACAGCCACCAAUACCCCUACUCAGUCGCCUUCAGCAACACCAUCACCAGACUCGAAUGACGAUAACAACGCCGCCAAAAUUGGUGCCGGAGUAGGCGUUCCAGUUGGUGUUUUGGCCAUUGGAGGCGUUGCAGCUUUCUUCUUCUUCAGACGCAGAAAACAGGCCAAGAACAGCAACAGCGUUCCCGAACUUGGAACCGAGGGGGAACAGAAGAAGGUGGUGUACACGGGACCGCCGGUUCAACCUCAGGAAUUAGAUGGCAGUGAGAACCAGGUACACCGAUCUGAACUUCCUGCUUAG